AUGCCAGAGCUCAAGGAGGUCCUGGUUCUGGGAGGAACCGGGGCGCAAGGCGCACCCGUCGUUAAAGCGCUCUCGGCCAGCGGACGGUACAAGGCUCGCGUCCUGACGCGCAACCCGAACUCAGAGCACGCAAAGGCGCUCGCGGCGUUGCCCAACGUGGAGCUCAUCCAGGGCAAGCAGGACAGCCUGAGCGACCUGCACCGGGCCUUUCGCGGCGUGUAUGGCGCGUGGGUCAACAUCGACGGCUUCACGCUGGGCGAGAAGGAGGAACUGUUCUACACGUUCCGUGCGUACGAGAUUGCGCGCCACGAGAAGGUCCAGCACUUCAUCCUGGCCAACAUCGACUACUCCCUCAAGAAAGCCGGGUGGGACGAGAAGUACCACUGUUGCCAUAAUGACGCCAAGGGUCGGUUGGGAGAUUUCAUCCUCGCUCAAGGCCAAGAGGGAAUGAAAUCCUCGCUCUUCACCACCUGCCCCUACAUGGACAUGCUGUUCGAGGGCAUGUUUGUGCCCGACGAAAAGCCCGACGGGACUUUGGUGUGGGCCAACCCAGCAGCUGACGGGAAAAUCCCCCUGAUCGCACUCGACGACGUCGGCCCGUUUGUGCUGUGGAUGUUCGACAACAUCGACCGCUCUGCCGGUCUGGAUCUCGAAGUGGCCACGGACGAGGUCAGCAUGCAGGACAUCGCAGACACGGCGGCGCGUGUGACGGGGCGCAAGGCCGAGUUCGUGCGCCUGCCGAUGGAGGAGUACCUCCCCAAAGCCGAGCCAUACCCGGGGGCGCCGGCGCACUGGGGAGUCGGACCCGGGGUGAACAAGGACGAAUCCCUCAUGAGCUGGAAGGACAACUUCAAGGCCUGGUGGCACUACUGGGGCGAGGGCCACGGGGCCACCCGGAACUGGGCGUUGCUCGACGAGAUCAACCCGAACCGCAUCAAGGGCUUGGAGGCGUGGAUGAGGAAGGUCGGCUACGGGGGGGAGCGACGACCCGUGCUGAAGGACGCGCAGGACUUGAAGGCCUCGGCGCUAGAUGAUGUGCUGUUCAACGUCCGUAGUUAA